CUGCCGCGGGGCCGCGGUGACGGAGCGCCGUGCCUCGCCGCCAUGUUGGUGAGGGCGGGCGGCGGAGCGGCGGCGGCGGCGGCGGCCUGCCUGCGCGGGUUAUGGCGGCGCGGCGGGAGCGGGAGCGCGGCUGGGUCCGAGGCCGAAGCCGAGACCGGGGGGGGCGGCGCUCCCGCUCCCCCGCCCGCCGCGGCCGCCGCCUGCUUCCCGCUGGGCCGCGCGCUGCUGCGCGUGCGGGGCCCCGAGGCCGCCCUCUUCCUCCAGGGGCUCCUCACCAACGACGUCACGCAGCUCGCGGCCCGGGCGGCGGCCCCCCCGCCGCGCGCCUUGUACGCGCAUGCGCUCAACGUCCAAGGCCGCUGCCUCUAUGACCUCAUCCUCUACAGGCUUCACGAGAGUCCAGAAGAAGAGCCGCACAUCCUGCUGGAGUGUGACAGCAGCGUGUUCGACUCUGUACAGAAACAUCUGAAACUGUACAAGAUCCGGAGGAAAGUGAGCAUUGCCCCCUGCCCGGACCUCUCUCUGUGGGCCGUUAUCCCCAAGGAGCAGCCUGGAGAGGUUGCCGCUUCUCUCAACAAAUGCGCAGACCAAACUCUGGUUUUAACUCCUGAUCCCAGAACAGAAGUCAUGGGCUGGAGACUGAUUACAAAAAAAGAAGCAAAUCUACUAGAUAUUGUCCCUGGAAGUCACAUUGGGAAUAUUCAGGAUUACCACAGGCACAGGUAUAAACAAGGAAUUCCUGAAGGUGUGAAAGAUCUCCCUCCUGGAGUAGCCCUCCCACUGGAAUCAAAUCUGGCCUACAUGAAUGGUAUCAGCUUUACCAAAGGUUGUUACAUUGGACAGGAGUUAACAGCCAGAACCCAUCACAUGGGUGUCAUUCGCAAACGCCUGCUGCCCGUUCAGUUUUCGGCUCCUCUUCCCCUGGAAAGUGUUCCUGAGGGUGCCGAGAUCUUAACUGAAUCGGGAAAGUCAGUUGGGAAGUUCCGAGCUGGAGGAGGUGAACUUGGUAUAGCUUUGCUGAGGCUAGCUAAUAUAAAUGAACCACUUUGCCUCAAUAUGCCAGGUGAUAAAGUGAAGCUCACUGCAACUAUACCCGAGUGGUGGCCAAAACCUGCUGGUAAAUAAAUGAGGAACCACUUACUGCACAGUUGCCUUAUUGAGAAUAUAUAAUUCGUCUGACAAGCUUUUCGAAGGUAACUCUACCUUCAGCUUCUGUUUGCAGUGUUUGAUUGAAAGUGUAUUAGCAGCAUCCUUCAAAUCAGGACUAAACAGCAGCAACCCAAACCAGCAGCGAGUCACUGAUGGAAGGAGAAUAAUCUGUUAACACUUUGUGGAGAGAUCCUUGGAGGAUAAGGUACACAGGGAAAUGUAUAAAUAAAUUCAGUUUCUCUCUUUGUUCUAUUAAGAAGUGUAGAGGUAAGUGGGACUGGGCUUUUCUAGGCAACAAAACAUGGAAGAUCUUUGACUUGACCAUAGCACCCUCAUGGUCCAACCACUUUCUCUAAUUUGCACAGAAUUACCUCUGAAGAAGGGCAGAGAAAGGCUGGUUACUGCUGGCUAUCUGUGACAUAGGGAAAAUCAGAGUAAAGCUAGUUAUCUCGGUACUGGUUCCCCUUGCAUACAGCAAGACUGCUGAAGUUAUAUAAGGAAGAAUAUAAAAGACUGGACUACCUUGGCAUCUGGCAGGGAGGUCCAGCAGGCUAGCUUUAUGUAAGGGUGACCAAUAUUUAUUUAGAUGGUGCUGCGUGCUGUUGGACUGGACUCCUGCUGAAUUUUUAAUCCACCAUUUACCAGAUCGAAUUGUAUCCGAGUAUGGUGCUGUGUCUAUUGAGACACUGACGGAAGUGAUUGGAGUUUCAUCAUUGUAUGUAUUGAAUGUUUCUGUUCAGAUUAACCAUUCUGUGAUAUUACAAAUUAUUUAAUUGAGAGCAUGCUUGCUACACUUAUGUUGGCAUAAGAUAUGUUUUUGUUAUGCUCAGGCUGAAGUGUUCACUGCAAAAUAUUCCUUGCAUUGAGCUUCUUAUUAAACAUGCUGAUUGGAUGGAUAUUUUUUCCCAUCACUAUUACAGCUAGUUAUGUUUAGGGAGAGGAAUGCCUUGUUCUUCACAUUUCAAAUCUCACUUUUGAUACCUCACGACGCUGAAAAAUGUGGGAAAGCCUUCAGAGAUCCCUGCCCGUUUCCCUGCUGCAGGGCCAGCAGAGGGAGCACAGCCAGCAGCAGUCUGCAGCAGAGCUGCACUGCAGUUCCUGAUCUUGGUCUUGCAUACACUGUUUCCCUGAACGACUCUUUCAGUGAGGAAUGUGAUGUUUUACGGAAGUGCAUUGUUGCCUGCCCUGCACUGACUCUAUUUUACUGGUGUACUGGUAGGAGUAAGCUAUUGCUAGAAGGAGUUUCCCUCUAGUGUAACUAAUUCAGUUGCCAACAACAGUUGAGGAGUUUUGUUGGCAUCCUCCUAAUUUGGAUGUGCACAGGGUUACCUAGGAGGAAUGUUUCCUUGCACAGGGAAUUGCACUGUUUUAUUUAUGCCAGUACAUUUGAUAGUGAGGGAGAUACCGAAAUAAAAGUGCUGCGAUUAAAGACACGAAACAAUAGGAUCGCGUGCUCUGUUGAAUCUUAAGAAAAAUUCUCCAAACUUUCCUGAAGCCUUCAGCAGGUAGGUUACAUUGCUUUUUUCACAUAACCACUACAAAGCUGGCGAAGGGACAGCAUGUCCCCAUCUCACUGUGAAAUGCUUUCUACUUCCUUCAGUGUAAACUGCAAUCUCUGGAGAAGUGUGUGCUACUACUGAAGGGCACAGCGCUGCCCUGUGUGAAAAGCUAAGAGGAAAAUAUCAAGCAGAGCCUAUUUGCGUCCCUGUGGGUCUCAUGCACCCCUUCACAAGCCUGUCAGCAUCUUGCUUUUUGCUUAGCCUGUUGUUCCUGAUCAAGGGCUUUCUCCUCACUGACUUCUUCACUGCCACUCUUGUUCUCCUAGGAGCUCUCUAUGGCCUCCAUACGAAAAGGCUCUCUUUGGCCAGUCCCUGAUACCGUUUCUAGCUGAGGUUUUCUCCAUCCGUCGUCCCCUGUGGGUAUUCAAAACAGCCCAAUACUUCAAGAUCUCUUCGGCUGCUGCUUUUUUUUCUGGCUCCUGCUGAUCUUCUGUCUUUGUACUUGUUUCUACUUCUACAAUCACAAAAUUUAUCCCUCUCUUUGCUCUUCAAAGCCAGCCAGCUCUAUGCCUCAUCACCCUGUCAACCUGCGCUAAUUUAUAUAUAUUUUUAUAUUAUAAUAUAUCUAUUAUGUGUCCAGUGUUGAAAUGGUAUGCAUGAAGAAGCAGGUAAUGAGAGAGAGGAGUAGGUGAGAUUUUCUGGCAAAAUAAAAGUUAUUGUAUACUUAUUUGUAAUAAAAACCAUCCAGAGCACAUUCUGUCAUUGUAUUGCUGUAGCCAUUACUGUGAAGGAAAUUUAUCUGUGAAAGAUGCUCGUAUUGGUCAAAACUCCUUAUGCUUGCUGUAAAAUGAUUCUACGGAAUAGCUCAUUAAAAGUUGAUUGUAUCAGUAAUUUUAAAUCUACAUGUCUGAAAGAAAAGAGACACAAGCUUUUAUUUACUUAGUGUGAAGAUAUAUAAUGGAAUAGUGGUGGGGUUUUUUUGCUGUUUGCUGACAAUAAACAUAUCCCCAAAGA